CAGAGCCACAUACACACAGAGAGAGCUUUUACUCACACAGUGUUAUGCUCUGCUUUGUCUGUGUAUAGCUCUAGCGAGGAUCGACAAAAGGCAAUGCAUUGAUCUUGUGACAGAUGGGCUUUUGUGUGAAAUCUACGAGUCACCACCGACAUGACCUCCAGCGUCACACGUAGAGUAUUGCGUGCGGGUGGGAGUUGUCUGGUGAAACGCAUUGUUGUGUUGGGGGAUGAGCCGUCCGUGUUGCUGCUAUUUGCUCCUGUGGCUAGCGAGUUUCUCUAGCCUAUGAAUGGUCCACAAAGCUACUAAUUGUGUGUUCUCUGUUGCAUUGAACACCGAAACCCCUCAGGCACCAUGCAGGCGUGUUUCUUAUUUUAAUAGCAACCCCAGUAUCGUUGGAUGAGAACACUGUGUACGGAAUUAGAGCCACUUAGCAGGCCGUAUCGCCAUUGCUUUGUAAGGCUGCUGGCUAGCUACCGUCUUCCUCAACUAGCAAAACUGUUCGUGAAUCCGAGCAACACGGAGAACCAAGAUGAAGAAGAAAGCUCGGCAGCACCGGGUUGCGGUGCCGCAGAGGCCGUCGUCUCCCAUCAUGCCUUCCCCCAACAAGCAGAUCCUGACGUACGCCCAGGCGCAGAGCAUGGUGGAGUUCGAUCUCGAUGGCCGCCUCCAUCGAAUCAGCAUAUACGACCAGCUGGACGUGAUCUCAGAUGAUGACCCCAUGGUGCAGGAGAUGAUGGAGUGCACCAGCAAUAAGGAGAAUGCUGAGAAACCGCAGCAGGUCCUCCUGAGGUCUGUCCGGUUAAAAAACAACCAGGAGAAGAGAAACGCUGCGCUGGGCAUCACCAGUCCUGGACAUGGAGGUGGAUAUCAGCCUGCUGCCAAUACCGGUCCAAAACUCAACGAGCCUAAAUUUCGUACUGUGGAAUAUAAUCUUCCAGCAGUUCCUAAGCGCUCAUCCGCCUUUUAUAAAUACACAGAGAAGACAGAGGAAGAGCUGGACGAGGACACGGAGUACGACAUGGACGAGGAGGAUUAUGCCUGGUUGGAUUUGGUGAAUGAGAAACGGAAAAGCGAAGGGGUCAGUCAGGUCUCUCACAACGUCUUUGAGUUUCUCGUCGAUCGCUUUGAGAAAGAGUUGCACUUGGAGAGUUUGGACCAAGGCGGUGAGAAGCACGCUCCCAUUGACGAGGACGCCGUCUGCUGCAUCUGCAUGGACGGAGAGUGUCACAACAGCAACGCUAUUCUGUUUUGCGACAUGUGCAACGUGGCCGUGCACCAGGAAUGUUACGGUGUGCCGUAUAUUCCUGAGGGCCAGUGGCUUUGCAGACACUGUCUUCAGGUACCCACCCAGCCUUCAGACUGUAUCCUCUGUCCUAAUAAGGGGGGAGCACUGAAAAAGACAGUAGAUGAGCGCUGGGGCCACGUGGUGUGCGCCCUCUGGGUCCCUGAGGUCGGCUUCACCAACACCACCUUCAUCGAACCCAUAGACGGUGUCAGCCACAUUCCUCCCGCCCGCUGGAAGCUCACCUGCUACCUCUGCAAGGAGAAAGGCGUGGGGGCGUGCAUCCAGUGCCACAAAGCCAACUGUUACACCGCCUUCCAUGUCAGCUGCGCCCAAAGGGCUGGCCUCUUUAUGAAGAUGGAGCCGAUCAAGGAGGUGACGGACACUGGGGAGCCCACGUUUUCUGUGAAGAAGACGGCAUACUGUGGAGCGCACACACCAAACGGGUGUGUGAGGAGGCCUCUAACAAUCUACAAUGAGGCCAAACCCAAAAACGGACUAUGUAAGAAAGUGGACAAAGGGAGAGGUGCUGGGAAAGGAUCGUCUAAAGGAAAGAAGAAGAGUAAGAAGCCUGAGUCUGAAGCUGAGAGUGAAGCUGUGACUCCUGCUGCUGUGCCUACGUUUCCCGCUCACAGGUUACAAACCAUUCUCAACCAGGUGUCGGUUCAGAAGAAAAAAGCUUUUGUGGAGCUGGCCCUAAAUUACUGGACACUAAAGAGGCAAUCCAGGAACGGCCUCCCCCUCAUCAGACGCCUCCAGACGAGCAUGCAGUCUCAGAAGAAUACGCAACCGAAGCAGAAUGAGGAGGAGAGCAGGGCGCUGAAGGAGCAGCUGAAGGAGUGGCAUCGUCUCCGACACGACCUGGAGAGAGCGCGGCUGCUGCUGGAGCUGAUCCGCAAGAGGGAGAAGAUGAAGAGGGAGGAGAUUAAACUGCAGGAGAGCCUUCUAGAGAUCCAGUUGUGUCCGUUCAGUAUUUUGCUCCAAGGGCUAUUGGACCAGCUCCAGACAAAGGACCAGGCCAAGAUCUUCACACAGCCGGUCGACAUCAGCGAGGUAAACACUUUUUUAAAUUCCCUUGCUGAGUUUGACCAGUAA